AUGGUUGGGUGGCAAGCUGGAGGCGUAGUAGGGGAUGAAGGCGUGGAGGUGAUGACAGUAGACUUCUCAUUUAAAGUCAAACUUAUUGAGGAAGUAUGUCCAUCUCUAUCCCCAUCACUAAAGCUCGAAGAAGUGGUUGGAGAAGUAGGCGAUGCGGUAGAAGAUGACGGCGAACUACUCGACAUAGCAGACAAAGAACCUCUCGAGACAACAGACGCCAAACUGGUUGAACCCAUCGAACCCAUAGAACGCGUAGAAUUGACAUUGAUAGGAAGACCAUACUUCACAUCCCCAUCCCCACUCCCUGCCCCAUGA